GUAGGAGUUAAUAGCUAUCGCAGAAAAAAACUCGAGCGAGUAGGGGUGUUUGACGGGGCAUAUUCUGCAAAUAAUUAACUGCAUUUCAUCCGAUCCGGUGCAUCGUGCAAUUUUAAAACGAAAAGUUUAACGAGCUUCAGUGAUCCAGCAAGUUUUUCUGCUGUUUAAAAAGUAGACAAACAAGUCAACAUGACCGAAAAUUCUGCUCCAGCUGCAAAACCUAAGCGCUCCAAGGUGUCAAAAAAGCCAGCUAACCAUCCUAAGUAUUCAGAUAUGAUCAUUGCUGCUGUUAAAGCUGACAAAAGUCGUUCUGGCUCUUCUCGACAGUCCAUACAGAAGUACGUGAAGAGUCACUACAAAGUGGGAGAAAAUGCUGACGCGCAGGUCAAGUUGUCACUCAGACGUUUGGUUACCAGUGGUGCGCUCAGACAGACCAAGGGUGUUGGCGCGUCGGGCUCCUUCCGAGUCGCCAAGUCGGAGGACGCAAAGAAGCCUGCCAAGGCACCCAAGAAGGUUAAAAAGGCACCCUCAGCCAAGAAAGCACCCAAACCCAAGAAGGUAGCAAAGUCACCAGCUAAACCGAAGAAGCCUAAAGCAGAAAAGAAAGCAAAGAAGCCGGCAGAGAAAAAAGCAGCAACUCCUAAAAAAGCGACACCAAAAAAGACUGUUAAGCCUAAACCUGUCAAAGCCUCCAAGCCCAAAAAGGCAAAGGUCGUAAAGCCAAAAGCGAAAACCACCCCCAAGAAAGCAGCAAAGAAGAAGUGAAGCAGUCAGAAAGAUAUGAACUUUUUUAUUAUAACAUGUAUCUGUAAAUAUUGUAGCUAAUGUUUUUCCAUGUAGCUCUGAGUGAUCUUUUAACUUAAAUCAUGAAAAAGGGAACAGUUUAUUUAAGAUGUGUAGUUUUUCCACUAACAUUUAUUACAGGUGAUUUGCUCCCAGCUUACGGUGAACGCCGGAAGUUAUAGUUUUUUCUUUUAACUUAAUUUUCUUUAAUUAGAAAUUUUGUCGAUGACGGAGGGUUGCUGCAUGAGGUAGAGUGUGCUGUGCCACUGCUGCACUAUGGAAAACUGUGUGUGUGGGGUGGGGGGGUUGUUAAUUGUAGGCUCAGUACCCUUUGUUGGUUGCAUUUCGUAGUAUCUGUAAUGUGAAUUGCAUGUCAUGUGCAAUGUUGUGAUUCCACACAUUUUAUAUGAAGCUAGUGAUUUGGGGGUGGGGACUCGAGUAGGACUGAAUACUUCAGUUUUUGUAAUGCAUACCAGCUUCAGUGUGGCAUUGGCCGACCCUGCACGCCCCUCCCCAGAAAUUGUAAGGGACACAUUGUAGUACGUCCACGUACACGUUCAUUUACAGUCAUUGUACUGUCACUUGCCAGUUUGAAUCAACCAAAAGUUAGAUGUUGUUUUCGUUGAAAAGCAAUUAGUCUUCCACAUGAAAAAAAAAAUAUUACAGUAGUUUUGCUGAUGUACUUCUAAAUCAUUUGUUUGAAUUGCAUACUGUAUGUCAUUUUCAGUUGAUGAUGGUUUUAACAUCGUUAAUGACUGCAUUUUCGGAUUGUAAAGACUUCUGCAAGACCAUGUUAAAAAUGUUUUUCAAAAUCUGACAGGUGGUAAUAACAAACCUCGUUUUUGGCACAUCUGUACUUUUUAGUUGUUGUGUAAUAACCUGGCAUGUGUUUUAUGCAUCAUUCAUUUUUCUAGUUUGUUUUUAUUGCUCCAGAGUAGAGCUGUCAUUUAUCUGAAAAAAAAGAUUGUAAUAUGAAAAUAUUGUACUAUAGCAGAAUUGUUUAGAAAAACAUCAAAACUUUGUAUCAUGCAGAUUACAGUGGUUUCCAAAAUAGAAUAAAUAACAAUAAAAAGUUUUAUAUUUUAUAGAA